AUAUAUUUUUGUCAUCAUGGAUCGGUUUGGAGAUAUAUCAGAAGGUGAAGUGGAUCAUUCUUUCUUUGACAGUGACUUUGAAGAAGCAAAGAAAUGUGAAAGUAACUCAGUUUUUGAGAAGCAAAGUGAUAACCCUAAAGUGAGAAUAGAUAAAGGUAUAGAAAAUGUAAACUUGGAAUUUGGAGUACAAAGAAGGGAGAAUGAUCUUACUGAGAAGGGAACUGAAGGAAAUGAGAAGAUUCCUCCAGAAGAACACCCUGUAGAAAAUGAUGGUAUACAAAGUAGGAAUUGUUUGACCACUUCUUCAAGGUCAGAAUUCUGUGAUGCUACAACAGAACAUGAAAUACACCUGCCCACUCCGGACAGAAUUCCCAAAAUCGUAAAUGAAGGUGAACGUGAUUACUAUACUGAUGGAGAGGAAAGCAGUGAUGAUGGGAAAAAGCAUCAUGUCAGGUCCAAGCCAGGUAAACCGUCUAAUCACUUUAAAAAAAGCCUAAGUAAAAAAUAUUCCAGAAGUAGUUCCUCUUCCUCCUCUUCCUCUUUGUCCUCCUCAUCCUCAAGUUCUGGUACAGACUGCUCAGAUACCGAGUCUGAUCUCUGUAUAUCUGAUUCAUCUCCAUCAUUAAAGAAACGUCUAUCUGGUGCAACCCAGUUGUCUCCAAAACAGAAGUAUAAGCCUGGAGAAAAAUCAACAGGAGCACAGCUUUCAAAUACUAAGCCAAAAGUCGGUGACUACACCGAGGAAUCUGAAGACACUGUGACGGAUGUUACUCCUUUAUCAACUCCGGACAUCAGCCCUGUUCAGUCUUUUGAACUGGGUGCAUCAAACAAUCAAAAGGUGAAAGUUAAAAGGCAAGAAAACGUGAGUCAAGAAGUGUAUGAAAAUGCUGAGGAUUUUAAAGGUAAUUCAAAAUCUUUGAAAUCGGCCAAAAAAGGGAAGGAAAAACAUGAGCCCGGCCUCACCUCAAAGUCGUCAGUGUUUGAUUCCGAUUUAGACCACAGAUAUAAACAAAAAGUCUUGCACGACACAAUGGACCUGAAUCAUCUUUUAAAAGCUUUUCUGCAAUUAGAUAAAAAAGGACCACAAAAACAUCACUUUGAUCAGCCGUCAGUAGCACCUAGGAAAAACUACUCUUUCACAAGAGAGGAGGUGAGACAGAUUGAUCGGGAAAAUCAGAGGCUCUUGAAAGAACUGUCGAGACAGGCUGAAAAACCUGGAAGCACACGUACGAUUCCAAGAAGAUUGGUUGCUCAUCCUCCCAAGUUAUAUCACAGUGCUCUUAACAGACAGAGGGAACAACAAAGGAUUGAAAGAGAGAACAUGGCUUUACUGAAAAGGCUGGAAGCUGUGAAACCAACGGUUGGUAUGAAACGCUCAGAACAGCUGAUGGACUAUCACCGCCACAUGGGUUAUCUCAACUCAUCCCCGGCCUCAGGGCGAGUGAGGUCCACUCUUGGCCAGUACAGCCCAUUAAGAGGAGCUUCCAGGACAUCCAGUGCUACCAGUGGUCUUAGUUGUAAGAGUGAGCCAUCAGCUUUUGACACAUCCAGUGGCCUGUCGCUAAGACCUAAGCCCCCUAAUGUCCGUACAGCUUGGUUAUAAUAACUCUUUUUACUUUAAACAUUGUUCAUCCAAUUCUUAUGAAGUGCUCUUGUAUAUUACUAUAAUUCUUUGUAAACAUCUAUAAUAAUGUUUUAAGCAAUUGAAGAUGUACAGCAAUGACUUGUAAUGUAAUUCAGUGCGAAAUGGUUUUCAAAAAGACAAUUUAAUAUAAAAUCAGUGUUUCCUGUGAGAUGUUUGAGAAUGUAUAUGUAUUUCACAGAGAAAUGGUAGUCUGCAUGUGUUUUCUCAACAUAGAGAUUGGUUCAGCUGUCAGACUGACAGGACAGUUGCGACCCAAGAUGUUAGCCAUGUAGUUCUUGCUUGAUGUGACUUUGUUGUUGUUGUUCAUUUCUUGUAAACUUUAAACUGAGUGUAGCUCCUGAUUUUGUUUUCUGUUUGUUUCAGAACUUGGGUGGUGUGACUUACAACUUGACUGUAAGGUAGUUACACUGUCUUAUCUGUGCAGUUGCUUUCAUUGGUGGAGCUAAUUUUGAUUUGAUGAGCAGACUGAGAGACGCAUGGAAUGGGGGCAAUCCUUGUGAUUCAGCAGUGGUACCUACUUCUGUAGAGGCACAAUGAGUUAGAUCUUCAAAAUUUUAUCAACCACUCCAAACAGUAUUAGAAGGUUUAACUUAGAAACUCCUCCUUUGUGUUUUCAUACAUUCAGGUAAAGUCCUAUUAAUGAUUCUGAAAAAUGAAGUUUCUUUAGAGCUACAGUCUACUGCGUUGUGAAUAGUUUAUCCAAGGACCAGGUCAUCAUAAGCAAAAGCAAGUGUUUGUUGAUUCAGCAAAACAGCACCACCAGUUCGAAGAGCCGAGAAGCAGAUCCUGAGUUGUGUCAGAAGUGUUGUAAGUGAUGCUGUUAACAGGUUGUGUUAGUGUUUAUUGUUUAAGGAAGAAGAAAAAUAAAAAAUGCAUUGUCUCACAGCUUUAAAAAUUCCAACUAGUGUUUUUUGAGGGCUGAAAAAGAAAACAAAAGUAUGAAGGAUAAAGGAAAAAAAUCACGUAUUUGUUGAGACUACUUUAAAUGCCAUCUAAUUUUCUUGCUUUGUUUUGGUUUGGGCUUUUGGGUUGAAUCCUGGUAGUAUCAUUUUUGCCAGUUCCACUUUUAAAGUCCUAGUAAUCUUAAUGGAAUUAGUAAUGGUGAAUAAGUUGUGAUAUAGUUGACUUUUAAAAUUAGAAUAUCUCCCUGUCAAUCUGUAGGCUCCCAUUUUAUGUAACAAGGUGUAUGUCUUGGCCAUGUUGGUGCUGCUGCCCUGGUUAUCACGGUUUUUCAUUACUGGCCUUUUCUGUUUACCCUUAGAAUGUACUGGGAAGUUUCCAUAUUAAAUGCCAGAUCUUUCUUUUUUAAUGUGAAUUUUUGAUCUGUAGCCACAGUAAGAAGGUUUGUUUUUUGUUUUGCCAGGUUAACUGAAGCUCUGUAGUGUGUAUGCUGAACUUACUUUUCUUAACAUAUUUGGCAGUAAGCCCAGUCGCAUUUUACUAAACUGUCGGUUCAGAAUUUCUUGGUCUUGGUUUGUAUUGAUCGAUUUUGUUUAGGAUAGGUCACGUGAAGCAUGGGAACAAGGGGUUAAAAAAUUUGUGUGGCCACAGCCUGACUGGGAUUUUUCUGCUUCUCUUUGAGCUAUAAUGUUUGUUUAUUGUUAUUUGAUAUUCUGUUCUGGUGAACAGGUUUCUACAUUAUUUAGUGCUCUGCUUUAUAUAUAAAAUUCAGCUAUGCUAAACCAAGGUUUUGUUUUGUUUUUUAACUUAUUGUACUUUUAAUGUCUGUAUAACAACCUAUCUUUAAGGAGAUAAAAGAUAAUGCCGAAUUUAAAAUACGGCUUUUGAGUAUCUGCCCAAUAGUGAGUAAGCCAAUUUUUUAAAAUUGAUUUUUAAGUUGUCAGGGAAAAAUAUGUAUGAAACCUUUUAUGUAUUAGCAUUAGUCUCUGAGUACAUUUUAUAUGGUCUGUGCUGCCAUAUGUCAAGAUACAAUUAUAAUUUCAUAACUAAAGCUGUACUUUUAUUUUUGAUCUUUAAAAACAUUUUUUUCUUUGUACUUUGAUUUUAGCUACUAAUUUAAUGCCUUUAAUUUUUACUGUUUUGACGGGAGUUUCAUCUAAGUGUUAUAACAGGAAUUCAGCUGGAAGUGAAAGUCAGGAAGAGCAACAAUAUUCAUCUUUUCAAAGUGGAAUUUACAGUUCUGUUGUCAUGAUUAGUCUACGUGAAAAGUAUAAACAGAGGGAUAGGAGUUGAAAAUGUGAUCUUCUCGGAUAGAAGUCAAGGUACUUUGAAGCUGUUACUGUUCAGGGCACAUUUUUAUGAAGGAAUCAUAGGUAUGCUCUUCAUUUUCGAGAACAUAAAGAAGUGAAGGAUCAUCUAAUACUACUUGAUAUUUGGUUCACUUAUACCUAAAAUACAUAUUAGACACGGUUCUUACUGAGAGUUAUUUUCAUAUCUGUCAAAUGUUAAACUAACGUCACAUCUUUUUUAAUAAGAUCUAUAAGAGAUUUUGAACAUUAAUUUCCUAAGGGGGAUGGCUAUUAUUUCAUACUUCCCCUAUUUCCUUUUUUUUUAAUCUCCAUAAAAAGCUGCUUUCUUAGCUAUUACUCCAAAUAAAGUGUUUCUUGUUUGCUUACAAAUGUAGUGUAAUGCAGUUGUUUUCAGCCCGCUAAUCCAAAUUUCCAAAAUGGGUAUCUUAGAGAACUUUAAAAAGAGGUCAUUGGGACGCAUAUGAUUGUGUGCUUCUCAUUUUCAAAAUCAAAUACCACAUACUAUGAAAAGUAUUAUGACCAAAAUAAAAUUGGAGACACAAGUUUAAGUUAGUCUAUUUUAAUAAUUAAAUUAAAAAAAUGUUUAAUAUCUUAAAUGCCAAAGUCUUAACCUAUAAAUGAUUGUAAACCAUCCUAGAAAAUGUGCUUAAUGUUCAUGGCUACUUUAUGAAUAAAGAUAGUAAGAAAUUGAAAA